AAUGAAUAUUCCUACAGAAAUUGAUCCAGAAACAUUCCCUGAUCAUGACCCAGAUAGAUUUAAGAAUUUUUAUGAAAUCAUGCUUGAUGGAAGACCAGCAUUUCAAUUAUAAGAUGGAUCAACUUUCUUUUUAGACUCUAAUAAUGGGUACAUAAAUCUCAUUCUAUUAUAAGUUGGUGUGAUGAAAAGAAUUGCUAUUAUAAUAGUUUAGGUGAAGCAUUAGGAUGGUAUAAAACAUUUGAAAAUCGAACUUUCUUUUACAAUAUUGAAGGAUUUUUUGUUCCUUAUAGUAAAGAUCCAUCUACUUUACCAAAACACAACCCAAAAGUUAAUAUUACUGAAUUGGAUGCAGAUUUUAACUUUCUUGAUUAAGAUGGUUGUUAUUAUGAUAGAUUUGGAGAACCUUUAGGAUGGAAAUUGAAAUGUGAGGAUAAUCAAGUAUUUAUAUCUUUUUAUAAUAGUUUUACUUUUUUGAUUUAAAUGGAGAUUAUGUUGAUAUCAUUCCUACAGAUUAAAAAAAUGAUCUUCUUAAAUUUGAUUUAGGUGACUUUAAAUAAGAUUUUUAAUAAGAAGUAUAAUUAAUUAAAUCAACCCAAAAACCAUAUCCAAAAGAAGAGCCUAAAGUAAUAAUUAAGACAUAAACUUAAUAAUAAUAACAAUAAAUUUAACAUCCAUAGCAAUAAAAAAAAUCUUAGAUUAUCAAGAAACCUGUUUAAUAGCAAAAAGAUAAUCUAAAGAUAAUUUAUCACUAUGAAUUUCCUGAUCCUACAGAUGAGACAAAGAAAAUGUGUAUUGCUUUAAUUAAAUCAAAAUUACAAACCAAACCUGAAUUUACUCUAAACGGAUAGUUAUUGACUGUGAAAUGUGAUUAAUAAAUUAAAGAAUUGGAAUAAGAUUUGCAAUUAGAGAAUGGAAAAUGUGUUAAAUUUAAAAAAUGAA